UUUGAUGGGAUUGACAUGGCCUGGCCCUACUUUCUGGACUGUGAUCGCUUCUUUGUCAGUCAAGAGGAAGGAUGCUAUAACCCCUUAGAAAAACUGAGAGGAAGUAUAGAUGACACUGAAGAGCUGUCCUCAAACAUUUCCUCCACAACUAUCCAGUUUACACACCACUCGUACCCGCAGAUGGUGAGGGUGCUGAAGAAGACAGCUUCCCGAUGCUCUCACAUUGCCAAGACUUACAGCAUUGGCCGCAGCUUUGAUGGAAAGGAUCUUCUUGUGAUCGAGUUUUCAGAUCGACCAGGCCAUCAUGAAUUACUUGAACCCGAAUUUAAGUACAUUGGCAACAUCCAUGGAAAUGAAGUGACCGGGAAGGAGAUGCUCAUCUAUCUUGCUCAGUAUCUGUGCUCAGAGUACCUGCUGGGCAAUCCACGAAUCCAACACCUUAUUAACAACACCCGGAUUCACCUGCUGCCUUCCAUGAACCCUGAUGGCUAUGAUGUAGCAGCAGCAGAGGAUGUAGGACAUAAUGGAUGGACAAAUGGCCGUCAAAACUCUCAGCAUCUGGACCUCAACCGUGACUUCCCUGACUUGACUUCAGAAUAUUACCGUCUAGCAAGUACCCGGGGAGUUCGAACUGACCACAUCCCCAUUUCACAGUACUACUGGUGGGGUAAGGUGGCUCCAGAGACUAAAGCUGUCAUGAAGUGGAUGAAGACCAUUCCAUUUGUACUGUCAGCCAGUCUCCAUGGGGGUGAUUUAGUGGUUUCAUAUCCAUUUGAUUUCUCAAAGCAUCCCCUGGAAGAAAAAAUGUUCUCCCCUACACCUGAUGAGAAGAUGUUCAGGUUACUGUCCAGGGCCUAUGCCAAUGUUCACCCCAUAAUGAUGGACACAUCAGAGAACAGAUGUGGUGGCAACUUUCUGAAAAGGGGAAGUAUUAUCAAUGGUGCUGACUGGUAUAGCUUUACAGGAGGUAUGUCCGAUUUCAAUUAUCUUCACACCAACUGCUUUGAAAUAACCGUGGAGUUGGGCUGUGUGAAAUUUCCCCCAGAGGAAGCCCUCUAUACGCUCUGGCAACACAACAAAGAAUCACUCCUCAAUUUCAUGGAAAUGGUGCACCGAGGAAUUAAAGGUACUGUAACAGAUAAAUUUGGAAAACCUGUCAAAAAUGCACGCAUUCUGGUCAGAGGAAUCCGCCAUGAUGUUACUACAGCUGCUGAUGGUGAUUACUGGAGGCUCCUGCCCCCAGGCACUCACAUCGUCAUCGCCCAAGCCCCAGGUUACACCAAGAUGAUCAAGAAAGUUACCAUCCCCCUUAGGAUGAAGAGGGCUGGCAGGGUAGACUUCAUCCUUCAUCCUUUAGAUCUGCACCCCAAGAAGUUCAUGAAAGGGCCUAGGAGAAACGGCUACAAGCGACAUGACCCACUAGAGGAUUUUGAUCCCCAUGCAGAAAACAAUGGCGACUUUUUAGAUGAAAAGAAGAGACCUUUACAGGAUGGGAAUAAGCCAUGGUGGUGGUCCUAUUUCACCUCCCUGAAUCAUCACAAGCCCACUUGGCUCCUCAAGUAUCAAUAGACUCAUGAUUUCCAUUUCCUUGUGAUGCUCUUCAUGCGAAAAUGAUCCUUUUACCAGGCUGCAUGGUAGGGGCAUCAUCUCAAUGAUCAUCUCAAGAAUUAAACAAUUGCAACAGGAAAACGCAAAUGCCAAUUUCUCCAUUUUUUCUGUAUUUUUUUCGGGGGGUCAAUUUUCCUGCCCUCACUGGAUUGACAUUCAUUAAAAAUGGUUGUA